AAACAAUCAAACAAUAAACGAAACCUACAGAACCGAAAGGGAAAUCUUCCUGGCUGGUAACUCCUUACGGACGAGCUUCCGAUCUUUACGGGAUCUUUACAACAUCCUCCAUUAGCCACAUAUCUGAAUCAGGAUGUCAGUGCAGUUCUCCGGCUGGGAGGUGAUUGACGAUGGUGCUUCUUUUCCUGGUUUGGAGCUGAACUCGUCCCAGAAACCCCGAAGCAGGGGCGUCUACACCAUGUACCACGGGACCAGCAUCACCAGCGCACGAGUCAUCAUUGCCAAUGGUUUUAAACAGUCUUCAGAUGGCAUGCUGGGAAUGGGCGUGUAUGUCAGUCGUAAUAUAAAUAAGGCAUCGGGUUAUCCUUUUCUAUGUAGUCCUGCAGACCGAGUUGUCCUUCAGUUACAUGUGCGCGUGGGCCGUGUCAAGCGCAUUGACAAGGACAACCAUCCCAUGCAGAAAACAUGGCACUCACAUGGCUACGACACUGCUUGGGUGCCCCCUAAUAUCGGCCUCCUAGCAGUGCGCAGUGGCCUGGAGGAGGACUGUGUGUUUGAUCCCAAAAGAGUGAAAGUGGUAGGCAUCGCAAAGGCAUCAAAUGAUUCCAUACAGAAAGAACUUAAAGGGCUGAUAAAAUCAUCUGGAAGAGGGGGUGCUGGUGCUGCAGAGGUGUGUUCACUGUGUAAGAGAAAGACCCAGCAGGGCUCUCCACACAUCAAGCAGAAGUGCUGGGAGUGUGGGAAAAACAUCUGCAUUCUCAUGUCCAAGCAUCUUUGUCCAGCCAAACCCUGACGGGGUGAGGGAAGGGGGGAUUGAUGAUUAGAUUUGACUCUCAUAUUGACUCAUAGUGACAUGUUUAAAUAUGUACUGCUCAAUGUGUUUUGGGGAUCUUUUGUAAGUUAAAAAAAUAAAAUCUCAAUCCUGAAUUGACUGUCA